GAGAGUUAAUGGAGAAGUACGAAAAAAUAAGAAGUGUCGGGAGAGGAGCAUACGGGACUGUGUAUCUUUGUCGUCGAAUAGAAGACAAUAAUCUAGUGAUAAUAAAACAAAUACCAAUCGAGGAAAUGACACGAGAAGAGAGACAAGCAGCAUUGAAUGAAGUGAAGGUUUUAAGUAUGCUCAGUCAUCCGAACAUCAUUGCAUACUUUGACAGUUUUUUGGAAGACAAAGCUCUUAUGAUUGCUAUGGAGUAUGCUCAGGGUGGGACAAUAUUUGAGUAUCUUCAACAACGUGGAGAUCAUCUGUUGAAUGAAGAGGAAAUAAUGCAUCUGUUUGUUCAAAUACUUUUAUCAUUACAACACGUGCACUCCAGGAAUAUUUUACAUCGAGAUUUGAAAACACAAAAUAUUAUGCUUUGUAAGAAGAGGAAAGUAGUGAAGGUUGGAGACUUUGGAAUCUCAAAAGUUUUGAGCAGCAAGAGCAAGGCACACACGGUUGUUGGCACUCCAUGUUACAUAUCACCAGAACUAUGUGAAGGAAAACCAUAUAAUCAAAAGAGUGACAUCUGGGCACUUGGCUGUGUUCUCUAUGAACUUGCAACUCUUCAGAGAGCAUUUGAAGCAUCAAAUCUUCCUGCUCUUGUAUUGAAAAUUAUGCGUGGGACAUUUGCUCCCAUUUCUCCUCGGUACAGCGAUCACUUAAAGCAAUUGAUUCUCAGCAUGUUGCAUCUAGAUCCAAGCCAACGACCUCAAUUAAAUGAAAUCAUGGCACAGCCGAUUGUGAUUAGUGCUCUGAUAAAUCUACAGACGGACAUUGGACGUGUUCCAUUAGUGGCAAGUGCAUCUCAUGCCAUGUCAUAUACUUCACAUCAGAUGAAGCAUGGCCGCAGUGUCAGUGUUCCUGGCCUCACUGAUUUUGAUCAUUACAAAUUGCGGUCAACUACACGUCCAAGCGUGUAUUACUGGGGUGGAGGGGUUGCCAUACCUCUAAUGCUUGCGGUCAUGUCUGAUGCUCAUGUACAAACAGUGGCUUGUGGACGAAUGCAGAAACUGGGAGUGACAGCAGAUGGAAGAGUUGUUACAUGGCAGACUCAAAGUGCAACAAUGACUACGAUGACAUCUCGAUCAGAUGGCAGUUCUCAUCGUGAUAGUUACGUGAGUGUUCCUCGUUAUGUGGAUGGUCUAUCAGGAGUGACAGUGAAACAAGUGUCAUGUGGUGACCUUUUCACUGCAUGUUUGACGGAACGUGGGAUUCUUAUGACAUUUGGCAAUGGAAUUAACGGAGCGCUAGGUCAUGGUCAUAACAAUGAUAUUGCACAGCCAAAAAUUGUCGAGGCACUCCUCAGUUUUUCAGUUCACCAGGUGUCUUGUGGAGCUUGCCACAUGGCUGCUGUAACAGUGGAAGGUGAUGUGUUUACAUGGGGAAGAGGAGACAAUGGUAGAUUAGGUCUUGGAAGUGUGACGUCUCAUACAACACCUCAGCAAGUCAUCAUCCCAUCUUCUCACCAAACUCAGUCUGUUUUCUGUGGUACAGACUGCAGCGUCAUUUUAACACAAGAAGGCAUUAUAUUGGCAUGUGGCAGCAAUCGAUGUAAUAAACUAGCUUUGGAUCAGUCAGACAGACCAUCCAGUGCGCUUGAACUGAAAACUGGAAAGUCAGAAAAGCCUUUUUCUGCUAGUUCUCAGUCGAGUUUUCCUGCUGCGACAUCAGUCAGUGCAUCUGAAGAUGUCUCUACUUUUACUGCUGUUACUGUUGCUCCUCUCUGUGGUGAGAGAGUUACAAGUAUUGCAAUGGGGACUUCUCACACAGCUGUGUUGAGUGAGAAGGGACAGUGCUUUACAGUUGGAUCAAAUGCAUUUGGUCAGUUAGGAUAUCGAAGAGAUGCAGCUUUGAAAGGACCUCAGCUUGUAAGAGCAUUAGAUGGCAAACGUGUAGAUCUUGUUCAGUGUGGCGAUACCUUCACAGUUGCAGUUACAUCUGGUGGACAUGUAUAUACAUGGGGUAAGGGGAAACGAGGACGUCUUGGAAGGGAGUCUGAAGAAGACUGCUUUGAACCAACUCUUGUUCCUUUUGAAGAUCAUCACACAGUUCAGUCAGUGUGUUGUAGCCAUGGACACACACUCAUGGCUUGUAAAUCACUCACUUCAGCAGCAUCAAGAUGACCUAGAAAGGCUUUGUGUGCGAAAUGUAGCUAUUAAGUACAUUUUGCUGAAACCAUCUCUAGGGCUAGGGCAUAUUGUAAAACUACUUUCAAUUGUCUAGUGAUUGCAUGAUUAUCAUUAAUUAAUUAAUUGAUAUACAGUAAGUUAUUGCCUUUAAUUUUAAAGGUGAACUAACUGUACAAUUUAAUGUAUUGCGUUUUCCACAUGCUGAAUAGAGCUUGACAAA